UUAACUUUGUGGAAGUUCCCUGCAGUCCUGGUUCGCUUUGCAGGCGCGUACACCCUCUGCAGUCACUCAGCUAGUCUUUAUCAUGUAUGACAGCCAUGCUCCGCAGCUUUUCCUGUCUAUAUUCCUCUUCUGUUUCGGAGUGAAGGCGAUGACUGAUCACUCCUGUUAUGACACGGACUUAGUGGACAUGGUGGUCCCCGUGGAGCUCUCUGGAGAGGAAGCUCACCUGUUGCAUGACUCAUCCAGGCGCAGCGCGCGUCGACGCGGCCAGCGCUCUGUCGAUUCCCGGGGUGGACUAAACUCUGUGGAGGACAGCUUAUUUUUCUCUUUACCUGCUUUUGGAAAAGACCUGUACUUACGCCUGAAAAGGGAUGCUGCUUUUCUGUCUGAGGGGUUUGUGGUCGAGGAGAGGGGAGGCGAAAGAGACCCCCCUAAAUUGUCGCACCUGGCCAGAGACCAGCUCUGCUUCUACUCGGGAUGGAUUGUCAACCACACCGACUCUUUUGCCUCCCUCAACACCUGCGGCGGUCUGACUGGACUGGUCUAUACAGGAGAGGACAGUCUCUUCAUCCAGCCGGUCAGCAGUUCUUCCAGCUCCUUCUCCGGGUUGCAGCACAGGGUGGUCCGACACCGACGCUCAGCCAAGACCAGCCCUCCUUCUGUCCCUCCCCCUGGAUCCACAGCUGCAGACAAGCAGCCCAAGGACUGCGGCACCAUUACAGUGAGGAAGAAGGAGAAGAGGCAGAAGGGAGUGGAGGAGGGCCGUAGAAGGAGGAAUGCCAUCCAUCUGAAUGGGUUGUAUACGGUAGAGACGGUGGUGGUGGCAGACUCAGACAUGGUGCAGUACCACGGGGCAGAGGCCGCGCAGAGAUUCCUACUCACCGUCAUGAACAUGGUGUACAACAUGUUUAACAGCAAGAGUCUGGGCGUCAGAAUCAACAUACGGGUGACCAAGCUGGUCCUGCUCCACAACCGCCCAGACAGGCUGAAAGUGGGCCACCAUGGAGAGAGGUCCCUGGAGAGCUUCUGUCAGUGGCAAUGGGAGGAGUACGGCGGCCCCCGUUACCUAGGCAACAAUUACGUGCCCGGGGGCAGGGAUGACAUCCCACCUGUGGACACAGCCGUGCUCGUCACUAGGACUGACUUCUGCGUGCACAAAGACCAGCCCUGUGACACAGUGGGUAUUGCCUAUCUGGGAGGGGCGUGCAGCUCCAAGAGGAAGUGUGUUCUGGCCGAGGACAACGGACUCAACCUGGCCUUCACCAUAGCCCACGAGCUGGGACACAACAUGGGGAUGAGCCAUGAUGACGACCAUGCUACCUGUACAGGCCACUCCCACAUCAUGUCUGGUGAAUGGGUGAAGGGCCGUAACCCCAGCGACCUAUCAUGGUCCCCCUGCAGCCGUGACGACCUGGAGAAGUUCCUCAGGUCCAAAGCCAGCAGCUGUCUGCUCCACACAGACCCCAGAAGCCGCUACCAGGUUCGCCUGCCACCCAAGCUGCCAGGCAUGCACUACAGUGCAGACGAACAGUGUCAGAUCCUCUUUGGAACCAACGCCACCUUCUGCAAUGAUAUGGAGCACCUGAUGUGCGCGGGCCUGUGGUGUUUGGUGGAAGGAGACAAGUCCUGUAAGACCAAGCUGGACCCUCCUCUGGACGGCACAGAGUGUGGAGCUGACAAGUGGUGCCGGGCAGGGGAGUGUGUAAGUAAAAGCCCUAUCCCACAGCAUGUGGAUGGGGACUGGAGCAUCUGGAGUCAGUGGAGCCAGUGCAGUAGAACCUGUGGCACCGGAGCCCAGUUCAGACAGAGGAAAUGUGACAACCCGCCGCCAGGUCCCGGUGGUAGUAACUGUCAGAAGGCCAGUGUGGAACAUAAAGUGUGUGAAGGUCCUCCCUGCCCUAAAGGAACACCCAGCUUCAGAGAGCUGCAGUGUCUCUCCCAUGACCGCCAGGCCGGCAAGAAGAAGAACAGCAUAUGGACCGCAGUCAAUAACGAUGAGAAGCCGUGUGCCCUGUUCUGUUCCCCUGUGGGGAGAGAUUCCCCCAUCCUGGUGGCAGAGAGAGUGAUGGAUGGAACACCAUGUGGACCCUACGAGUCAGACCUGUGUGUCAAUGGCAGGUGUCAGAAAAUCGGCUGCGAUGGCAUCAUCGGCUCGUCAGCCAGGGAGGACCGCUGUGGGGUGUGUAACGGAGACGGACACUCCUGUAAGAUAGUCAAGGGAGACUUCAACCACACCAUGGGCAGGGUCUCCUCUAGCCACUGUAAGAGGGUUUCUACCUGUGUGAUGGCUAAACCAAGGGCUGUCCCCAAGUGUUUCUCAUGUUACAUCGAGGCUGCUGUCAUCCCCGUUGGUGCUAGGAGAAUCAAAGUUGUGGAGGACAAGCCCUCACACAGCUUUCUGGCAAUGAAAGACUCUACCAAGAGGUCCAUCAACAGCGACUGGAAGAUCGAGCUUCCUGGAGAGUUCCAGCUUGCCGGCACUACAGUGCGCUACGUCCGGAGAGGACUCUGGGAGAAAAUGUCCGCCAAGGGACCCACCAAGACCCCGCUGUACCUCAUGGUGCUGUUGUUUCAUGACCAGACCUACGGGAUACACUAUGAGUACACAGUGUCUCUGAACGUAACUGAACGUGAUGAUGUCAGUGAGGAGCAGAGAGCACCAGAGCACCUCUACCUUUGGACACACAGCUCCUGGCAAGACUGCAACGUACAGUGUGGAGGAGGUGAGAGGAGGACAGUGGUGUCUUGUAUGAGGCUGGUCAAUAAGAACAUGACUCUGGUGAAUGACAGCCUCUGCCAACCAGAGAACAGGCCAUUACCCCAAGUACGACGCUGCAACUCACACCCCUGUCAGUACAGGUGGGUGACAGGGGAGUGGGGCCAGUGCUCGGUGACGUGUGGGAAGGGUCUCCAGCUGCGUGAGGUGGGCUGUGUGUACCAGCUGCAGAACGGAUCCCUUAUUCACACACGGGACUUGUACUGCCAGGGGGGCAAACCCCCCGCCCUGCAGGGCUGCGAGGGACGCCACUGCCUCACUGCCUGGGAGGCCUCUGAGUGGUCCAAGUGUUCUUCAGACUGUGGCAGUGGGGUCCGUCGGAGGAUAGUGAGGUGCACCAACCCCCAGGGGAGCUGUGACCCCCUCUCUCAGCCUGCUGACCAGGAGCCCUGUGAGGACCGCUCCAAAUGUUACGAGUGGAAGACUGGGGACUGGUCCAAGUGCUCAUCAUCCUGUGGGAAGGGCCUGCAGUCCAGAGUGGUCCAAUGUAUGCACAGAGUGACAGGUCGCCACGGUAAUGACUGCCCCGUGGUAUUCAGACCACCCACCUACCGGCCCUGUCACCAGGAGGCCUGCAAUGACAAAGUCAACGUCAACACCAUCACCUCCCCCAGAUUAGCUGCUCUGACCUACAAGUGCACAGGAGACCAGUGGACUGUGUACUGCCGUGUGAUCCGAGAGAAGAACCUGUGCCAGGACAUGAGAUGGUACCAGCGCUGCUGUGACACCUGCAGAGACUUCUACGCCAACAAAACACCCCGCAAGAGUUAAUGAUGAAAGCACUCGCACACAUACUGUACACAGACAGACACACACUUCACCUAGUGCUACGAUUUUAGAUGCUUCUGUAACACUUGACUUAAAGCUUGCGGGUAUAAUGCUUUGUAAGUCGUUAUAAGCAUGAAUGAGCCUUUAUAAUGUGUUAUAAUAAGGCUUAUGAUAUGAUAUGUCUCUCUAUGUAUCAGCAUGUUAACCGACUCAAAAUGGCUGUUAUUUAGACUGCUUCAGGAGAUGAUACAAAUAUAUUGUAAGAGUCUCAUGGCAGGUCUUUAUGCCGGCCGGCUUUAAGCAAAGAGUUACGGAUGUUUUUACUGAAUUAUUCAUAUUCUUAUUAUUAGUUAUAGAACUUUCAAUUUUGGAGAAAAAAGUGGAAAUGAGUGCAGAGACCAUUUCAAGUGGGAUCAUAAGCUUGCUGUUGUCAUGAAGACUUGAAAACCUUCUUUAACUUGUUUUAUUGCUGUAAACCAAAGCGAGGGACUUCGAAGUCUGGGGAGUCUCUCGGUGGGUAGCCUGUCACGUCAACGUUUCUUGUACAGUGUGAUUUAACAUUAGCGUUAACAUAUGUGAUAACACUUUAUGUGGAAAGUUCAUUGUUGUCAGAUUGUCUAUAGAUGCUCAGUGAACUAUCAAAACAUGUCCGAUUUUCAUGGCCUCCCGGGUGGCGCAGUGGUCUAAGGCAGUGCUAGCUGUGCCACCAGAGACUCUGGGUUCGAGCCCAGGCUCUGUCUUUGCCGGCCGCGACCGGGAGGCCCAUGGGGCGGCGCACAAUUGGCCCAGUGUCGUCCGGGUUAGGGAGGGUUUGGCCGGCAGGGAUAUCCUUGUCUCAUCGCGCACUAGCGACUCCUGUGGCGGGCCAGGCGCAGUGCACGCUGACCAGGUUGCUAGAUGCGCGCUGUGUUAAGAAGCAGUGCGGCUAGGUUGGGUUGUGUUUCGGAGGACGCAUGGCUCUCGACCUUCACCUCUCCCAAGUCCGUAUGGGAGUUGCAGCGAUGAGACAAGACAGUAACUACUAACAAUUGGAUACCACGAAGUUGUGGAGAAAAAGAAUACAGCUAGGGUGGCUGAAUAUGAGCAACUGUAUGUUACUUGGAGCGGCAGGUAACCUAGUGGUUAGAGCUUUGGGUCAGUAACUGAAAGGUUGCUGGAUCAAAUCCCUGAGCUGACAAGGUAAAAAUCUGUUGUUCUGCCCCUGACCAAGGCAGGCGCCGAAGAUGUCGAUUAAGGCAGCCCCCCUCACCUCUCUGAUUCAGAGGGGUUGGGUUAAAUGCGGAAGACACAUUUCAGUUGAAUACAUUCAGUUGUACAACAGACUAGGUUGUCCAACUGACCCAGUCUUGUCAGUGGCUUGGUGAAUACAGGGCCUGCUGAACUAAACACAAGAGAAUAUGCAGAAUAUGCGGCUGGUGGCACCUUAAUUGGGAAGGACGGGCUCAUAGUGAUGGAAUGGAAUAAAUGGAAUGGUUUCAAACACAUCAAAUACAUGAUACCAUUCCCCUUUCCCUUACUUACAUAGAUAUAAUGUAUGUACCUCACAGGAGGCUGGUGAGGGGAGGACUGCUCAUAAUGAUGGCUGGAAUGGAGUGAAUGGAAUGGUAUCAUGUGUUUGAUGUGUUUGAAACCAUUCCAUUUAUUCCGUUCCAUCUGUUACUAUGAGCCCGUCCUUCCCAAUUAAGGUGCCACCAGCCGCCUGUGACAUACAUACAGUACUUACACACACGUACAUUGAAAGACCUGUAAGUACUUUGUUAUUGCAUGUUAACAGAGGUGCAGUUGACAUGUAAUACAUCCAAAUGGUAGUUUGUCAUCUGAGCAUGUAGAUCUGUAGGGGACUAUUCAGAUAAAGUGGGACUGCAUAUUCUCUUGUGUUUAGUUCAGCUGGCCCUGUAUUCACCAAGCCACUAGACUGGGCCAAGAGACCUGGCUCGUGUUCAUUAGGCACCAGAUGGACUGAAACAGGUAGGGACUACUUGAAGUUAUUCAAUAAGAAACACUAAUUUUCUUUUUUCUGUUGCAACGUUUGAAAACUUUUUCCGUUGUGUGCUUUAAUGAACAUGACCCUGGUUUCUUCUCUUAGGGACAAACCGUAACUUGAUGACUUGAGAUAACGUGAAUUUCGCAUUGACAUCAACCCAUAAGCUAAGUCUUGGUUCCACGUUUGGAUCUCAAGUUAGGAUUUGUCCCUUAGUUCCACGAUAGACUAGGUGUACUUGCAUUUUGUUGCUGUUUUUUGUUGAUGUCAUUGUCAUUUUUUGGCGGUUGUUGUUAUUUAAAACUAGCCAGGAGCCGUUGUAAGGUACUGUAGUUCUACAUUGAAAUGAUCAAGCUAACGAUAGGAGACCCACUAUUCCCUAGGCUCACCUGAAGGCCUUGGACAGCCCAUGUAGCAUCUGUCUCUCUCUUGAGGAUCCAAUGUUGGAGACAGUGCAGUGGUGGGGGUGUAACUUAAGAGAAGAUUAGAUGUAUCUUAAGUUACUUUUGUCCUACAGCUAACCACAUACAGUGUAUUCAGUACUGUAUAUGUGAGUGGAACCCACAACCCAGUGUCGUUAACACCUUACUCCAACUACGCUCCAUGAACCAACUGAGCUAUCUUGGUGAAGCAGGUUGCAGCUAGAUUGUUAGGUUCGUUGUAAAACAAAAAUCCCUGUGUCAUGUGUAUGUCUGUUGUCCUCCCUUGGUGCUUGAGGUGUGCGUCAUCAUGACGAUGUACCAAAUGUGACGUAAACUAGUCUCUGGUUUCAAACUUUACACUUACUCCAAACCUGGUGCUUGUUAACGUUUCCAUACAUCAUCAAACAUUACACUUACUCCAAACCUGGUGCUUGUUAACAUUUCCAUACAUCAUCAAACUGGAAAUUGGUUUUAACUAUUAAACAAUCAUUCAAACACAAUGUGAGGCUUACACCGAUUUCAACAGCUUGCCCUUGUGCAUGAGUGUGACAAAAGUAGACGUCACAAGCAUCAACAUGUAAACAUGAAUGGAGGCAGCGUUAUGUUUGCUACAAAAGGAUGGUGCAGUAGAUAACUGACUGUAAAUAAUGUACAGUUAGUUAUCACAGACAUUCUUUAUCCAAAAAUGACGAAGUGUCUCGAGUUGUGUUCACAUUUUACAGAUUAUGAUUUAAAGGGGUAAUCUGCAGUUGUGUUCACGUUUUACAGAUUAUGAUUUAAAGGGGUAAUCUGCAGUUGUGUUCACGUUUUACAGAUUAUGAUUUAAAGGGGUAAUCUGCAGUUGUGUUCACGUUUUACGGAUUAUGAUUUAAAGGGGUAAUCUGCAGUUGCUACAUACAUUGUUUGAUUUAUAAAUGAGCUCAGGUCAACUGUCUUACUCCAUCAGAACCCCAAAUGCUUGUUUUACUCCACAAACACUAUAAAGCCUUGAAACAUGGUUAUAAUGAGCAGUUUCAUAUCAUGGAUGGUCAGUCCUUGCAUCCAUAGCUCGGUCUAUGAAUUUGAGAGUAGUUACAUUCCUCCAGACUUUUUUGAUUGUUUUAACUGCUGAUUGACGCUUUAAUCACUUUCCAAGGGUAUUACGUAACAUUCAGCUCUGUAGUGUAUAUCGAUGUCACUGGCCUAGUUCUCUUGGUUCUUGGAGUUGGCUGAAGCAGAAACAGAUCUAGAGUUACCAGGCUAUGUAGUGUAUAUCUAUAUUUCUGGCCUGGUUCUUUGUGGUCUAUGGAGACCACCAUGACUAAUCAGUUAGCCCCCAGGUAGAGACCCUGGCCCCCAGGCAGCCCCCAGGUAGAGACCCUGUCCCCCAGUUAGAGACCCUGACCCCCAGGUAGAGACCCUGACCCCCAGGUAGAGACCCUGUCCCCCAGGUAGAGACCAUGUCCUCCAGGUAGAGACCCUGUCCCCCAUUUAGAGACUCUGACCCCCAGGUAGAGACCCUGUCCCCCAGUUAGAGACCCUGACCCCCAGGUAGAGACCCUGCCCCCAGGUAGAGACCCUGCCCCCCAGGUAGAGACCAUGUCCUCCAGGUAGAGACCCUGACCCCCAGGUAGAGACCCUGACCCCCAGGUAGAGACCCUGGCCCCCAGGCAGCCCCCAGGUAGAGACCCUGGCUCCCAGGUAGAGACCCUGACCCCCAGGCAGCCCCCAGAUGGAGACCCUGACCCCCAGGUAGAGAUCCUGACCCUCAGGUAGAGACCCUGUCCCCCAGUUAGAGACCCUGUCCCCCAGGUAGAGACCCUGACCCCCAGGUCAGUAAGCCCCCAGGUAGAGACCCUGGCCCCCAGGAAGCCCCCAGGCAGAGACCCUGGCCUCCAGAAAGCCCCCAGGCAGAGACCCUGGCCCCCAGGCAGACCCCAGGCAGAAUCCCCAGUAUUGGGAUAAGAGCUGAUAUGGGCCCAGGUCAGAACAGAGAAAACAAACAGCCCAGCUCUCAGAGCUCCUGAGUCCCACAUUCCCAACCCUUCAGAGCAGGGAACCAUUAAUCAAUCAAACAAUCUAACAUGGUACUGUUUACCUACGUGUUCAGAACAUGUAGGACAGAGGACCACCCUGGCAGUACCGUGUGUGUGUGUGUGUGUGUGUGUGUGUUUGCAUGCGUGUGUGUAAUUGAUGCAUGUCUCUGUGGUACGAGCCGUCAGUGGUGAGAUCUUCAUUGAAAAGGUCACACUGUUCACACUUUGAAGACAGACUUGUAAAGAAAACAUCACGGUUAAAGACAUGCUCCGGUACUUUGUGAAUAAGAAAGUAUUUUGUAACCCUCCCACUUUGGGCUGGAUGUGUCAAUGUGUAGUUCAUACAUGCAUAAUCUAUGAGCAGAAUUACUGUCUUGCCUCAAUUAGGCAGAAAUUCCUAGUUAGAAGCUGUGCCAAGCCAUUUUCCUGACAUUUCCCCCCUGGUGGGCCAGCCUCCUAGCAAUUUGAGUUCUAGCCAAUAAGCUUCAGCCCCUCAUAUUUGAGUGACAGCUAGCAAAUGCGUGCACAGUUAUUCAAUGAGGUUGGAGGGUGGGCCCAACGGCUCAGUGGACACAGCAGAGAUAUAGCGAGAGAGAGAAAUAGAGAGAAAUAGAGAGAGAGAGAGAGAGAGAGAGAGAGAGAGAGAGAGAGAGAGAGAGAGAGAGAGAGAGAGAGAGAGAGAGAAAUGAUGUGGUGCACAUAUCUGCACGUACUGUAUGCGACUUAGUACGCGAUUUUCUGGGACCACUUAUGGCUCGUGAAUGCUACUUUCGGAACUACUGGCUAAAAAGUAUACAAAACUACCGGAGAAUCUCUUUUAACAGCUGAGACCGGCCCAUAGAGUUAGACAGAUGGCACAUAUUUGCAUUGUUGCCAUAAUGGCUUCUGUGACUGAAAAAGUCCCACCAAGUUGACUACUUCAAAAGGUGUAACUCCUCAAUGGUGAGGUGAUGUCCAUGCUAAAAUAGGAUUUAUGGCAAGUGGGCCCUCUAUAAAACUCUAUGGCCUGGCCUGCAAUUGAAUGAUACUGGUUACGGAUAGAGGGGCCGAGGCAUGUGGGUCUUGUUUCAACUCUGGUACCUACAGGUAGAAUAUGAUACCAUUCCAAUUUAUGCCUAGACCCUGUAGUUGUGGCUAUGGAGACCCUGUAGUUGUGGCUAUGGAGACCCUGUAGUUGUGGCUAUGGAGACCCUGUAGUUGUGGCUAUGGAGACCCUGUGGUUGUGGCUAUGGAGACCCUGUGGUUGUGGCUAUGGAGACCCUGUGGUUGUGGCUAUGGAGACCCUGUGGUUGUGGCUAUGGAGACCCUGUAGUUGUGGCUAUGGAGACCCUGUGGUUGUGGCUAUGGAGACCCUGUGGUUGUGGCUAUGGAGACCCUGUAGUUGUGGCUAUGGAGACCCUGUGGUUGUGGCUAUGGAGACCCUGUGGUUGUGGCUAUGGAGACCCUGUGGUUGUGGCUAUGGAGACCCUGUGAUUGUGACUAUGGAGACCCUGUGGUUGUGGUUAUGGAGACCCUGUGAUUGUGACUAUGGAGACCCUGUGGUUGUGGUUAUGGAGACCCUGUGGUUGUGGCUAUGGAGACCCUGUGGUUGUGGCUAGAGAGACUGUGAAUAUACCAUACAGGUGCAGUGGGGAUGACUCCUGUUAAAAAGGAGGCUUGACCUCAAGUGUGGGAUCACAUUUCAAAGUUCUGACCCCUUUCCGUUGGUGUGUGUGUGUGUGUGUUGAAUAGAAGCCUCAGUCCUGGCUCUCCAGACAGCCUGUGGGGUUUGAAUGGUGCUAACUGACGACAUAAUUCACUACUGUGGAAUCCAGCUUUGUUUCACGUUCUCUGUAUUGUGUUUCUGUUGUUGUUGUUGCUGUUUUCCCAUAUGUAAUUGUGGAUUAACAUUUUUUAAUUAUUUAAUACAGAAAAGUAGCUGCUUUUUUAUGAGUAAUUGUUGCAACCUUCUUCAACUGCUAUGUUACUGAUAUAGUGCAAAUAUGCUUAAAUAUUCCUGUACUGUAUGUUAUUGUAGUUGCACAUAUGUUUGGUACAUAAAUUGCGUCUACAUGUAUUUUAUGGUGCUGAUUCAGUUUAAAAUACGUUAUGAACUGUUAACACUUAAAUAAAUGAAUGUGUUGUUUUACAGGGAUUUAACCAUUUGAGUUUUUUUGUUAAUGUGCCUUAUAGUCAUUCUAUACCUGUACUGUUAUACAGUGAUACUCCAAGAUUCACAGACAAAUGUGACCUUAACAGAAAUCUGAGUACAAAUCUGAAUGAUUGGAAAUAUAUAUAUUUUUAAAGUCUACUGCAAGUUGAUUCGUUUUAUUUUUGACAUAAUAAAAUGUGAUUUUACAUGGAGACUAA